CUUAAAUUGCAAUGGUAAUGGUAGUGGUGAGUGUCAAUCAGUAUUAUGGGUAAUAGCUGGUGGGACAUCUCGUAGAUUCGUAGAUUGUCGUCGAGCAAAAUUUGUAUGAAUCUCAAGGAUUUUAAAUCAAGUCUUUUAAAGGAAAGAACUUAAAAAUAAAAAAGAAUGGCAAGUAAAGGCUGGAAGGUCGUUCAGGCGCACGUUCCUAUGAUUAGAUUUCGGAAAGGCGUUAAUAAUAGAGUUGCGGCAGUAGUAGCGAAGUCAGCGCCAUCUGGUUCAGGAGGGGUAUCAGCUAAUAAGCCGGAGGGUGCAACUGGACCAAACGUCGUCGUGUUACCGAUUAUUGAUGACUUUCAACUGCCCGUGAGGUUCCAAAGGCGACCCAUCGAUACGAAUGAGAUCGAGUACAUUAAUCGUGGUGGGCCGGAGUAAGUGGAUAGUCAUGCGCUGAUAACAGCCGUAAACAAUGCUUAGAUUGCUGUAAACGCAUAU